AUGUUCCCACUAGCCUGCAGCCCUCGCCUUUGGCGGGGUAGGCUCCAGCUGAGGGUCUGCCUGAGUCGGCCAGGGCUGCCCAGGCAGCACCAGGAGUACAUGCACGUCCGAGUUGGAGACCGAGCUGAACUGAGCAGGGUGUUCACACAGAGGGACGUGGCUGCCUUCUCAGCGUUAACAGGGGACGUCAACCCUCUGCACAUCAACGAAGACUUUGCAAAGCACACCAAGUUCGGGAAGCCCAUUGUGCAUGGGGUUUUAAUCACUGGACUCAUCUCAGCGCUCCUGGGCACAAAGAUGCCAGGGCCUGGCUGCGUGUUUCUUUCCCAGGAAAUUAGCUUUCCAGCGCCUUUAUAUAUUGGAGAAGUUGUAUUAGCUUCUGCAGAAGUGAAAAAGCUGAAGCAAUUCCUUGCUGUCAUUGCAGUGACAUGCUGUGUCCUAGAAAGUAAAAAGACCGUUAUGGAAGGCCAGGUGAAAGUCAUGGUCCCAGGAGCCCUCAGGUCCUGAAGGAGAAAACGAACGACUGUCUCCUGAUGAAAGCCUGGGUGGUCUUCAACUUCGGAAGAUCUCUUCCAAGACAACGGAGAUGUGCUACUGACGUGGUACGGUGCGGAAGUGAAUACACCACGAUGACUGAAACAUCGGGCCCAGUGCGCUGGCACGCUCCACACAGGGGCUUGCUAAGACGGCAGUUUUGUGAUGUUUGAUUGCCACAGAGAGGAAAACUUAUCUUAAGCAAUUUCAGCCUAAUGUACCGGAAAAUUGUUUAACAGAUUUUUAUAAUAAUCGAUUAGAAACAUUUCCACCUCUGUGAAAUGCCCUUAGUUUUUUGUUGUUGUUGUUUUUUGCAAGAGCAAACCUUGAGUGGCACCCGAAGAAACCGUCCCCCAUGGUCAGUUUGUCUUAAGAGCUCGACUUGCGCAUUCAUCUAGAAAAAAAAAAAAGAGUUGCUAAAAUGCACACCAAUGCCUCUUAGGUAACCACAGAAAUUCAUUUUGUGCUGAAUUAUUAGUCAUUUUCCUUUGUGUUCUUUAGAGUAUGAUUCACAGACCAAUUUACUGCCCUGGAAAAUUGCUGCUAAAUUACCUCUAUUACGUUUCUAGACGCAAACAUGUUCUAGCAAGGGCCGAGUGUCACUGAGACAGCGUGCCAUUGUGAAUGUCUGCCUGCCUAUUGGCAUAGUCUGUUAACUACCUUGAUGUGAGCGGAGCAGAGGCUCCACUGAAGGUCUCGGGGUCCCUGCAUGAAUACUCGCCCCAAGGUCCCUGACAUUCCACGCCUUAGCUGUUCUGCCCUCCCUGGGGUAUCAAAUACAGCAGAGACGCAUGGUUUCAGCACCUGCAUAGAUAAAUUUUGAGUUGGAGCAAAAAUCACCUGCUAGAAGAAACCCAAAACUAAGUGUUUACAUAAAUAAGAAAAAGAUUUCAUAGGAGGCUCCAAAAACAAUGUAUUUCCAAGGGUGACUGAUUUAGAAAGCAGUUGCAGUAAUCUUUAUCAGCCCUGGGAGGAAUUCCCCUGUGAGGUAAUAGAAAGAAUCCACCGGUAAGGAAAAUAAGAAUGUGGGCUGAAUUUUGAUGAUUUUUACUUGCAGGUCAUGAAUCUUUAAAGAAAUAAUCUUUCUCACUUGGGAGGCCACACUGCUUGGGAGACACUUCUUCGCAUGCUUCUAGGAUUGGCUGCCAGAGCAGUUGCCAGGCCUCGAAAGUCCUCACUGAAACUCAUUAUCUUCAUAAGUCUUGCCAAACAGUGAGUUGUUAGAUAAACAACCUGUCAGCCAUCUAAAUACUUGGCCAG